AUGCUACUCAUAUUAGUUUCUACUACCAUCUUGGUUAUUCUUGUAGCUGUUAUGAAAUUUGUUUACUCAAUAGUCUGGGUUCCUUACAAAAUCCAACACCAUUUCCACAAACAAGGCGUAGGCGGUCCUGGCUACCGUCCCAUAUUUGGCAACACAGCGGAGAGGCGCCGCCUAUUGAAAGAAGCUCUAUCAAAGCCAAUAGCUCCACCAUUUCACCACAACAUUCUUCCCCGAGUUUUUCCAACUUACAGCGUGUGGUCUAAAGUGCAUGGCAAGACGUUCUUGUACUGGUUUGGAACCAAGCCCAGGUUGGUUCUAUCCGACCCAGCCAUGAUUAAGGAGGCUCUGAUGAAUACUGGUGGGCCGUUUGAGAGGAUGAAGUUCGACCCCGUGACAAAGCAGCUCUUGGGAGACAAGGGACUUAUGGAGCUCACGGGUGAGAAGUGGGCUGUUCAUAGGAGGAUCAGUAGCUUGGCCUUGAACAUGGAGCAAGUUAAGGGGUGGGUGCCAAAAAUUGUGGCUAGUAUAACUGACAUGCUUCAGAAAUGGGAGGAAAAAAGAGGAGGAAGAGACGAAUUCGAGAUCGAUGUUCACAAAGAAGUAGAAAACCUCUCAGCAGAUAUUGUUUCCAGAACAAUUUUUGGAAGUAAUUUUGAAGAAGGAAAGCGUAUUUUUGAGCUACAAGAAAAGCAAAUGCACCUUGCCUCGGAGUAUUACUCCUCCGUCCCUAUUCCAGGGCUCAGGUAUUUGCCGACAGAAAAGAAUAAAGAGCAGUGGCGAUUAGACCAGGAAAUUCGCGGAUCAAUAAGGAAGCUAAUCGAGGCAGCUAACAACAGGGGAAAAGAGAACUCUAGAAAUUUACUUAGCUUGUUAAAUUCUUCCUAUAAGAAUCAUGAUGGUGAAGAAGAGAAAUUAGAAGUUGAGGAAAUUAUUGACGAAUGCAAGACAUUUUACUUCGCAGGAAAGGAAACAAGUGCUACUGUUUUAACUUGGACACUUAUCCUUCUAGCAAUGCAUCAAGACUGGCAAAUCAAGGCCCGUGAAGAAAUAGUUCGUGUUUGCAAAGACAAAGAGCAUCCAACCUCUGAUAUUCUUGGUCAACUUAAGAUUAUAAAUAUGAUUCUACACGAAGCAAUUCGACUUUACACUCCGGUCACAAUGCUGGCGAGGGAGCCAUGCAAAGAUGUCAAGCUUGGGAGCCUUCACAUUCCUGCUAACACACCACUCAUUAUGGCCGUGAUUGCGACUCACCAUGACACUGAGAUCUGGGGGGAAGAUGCUGACAAGUUCAAUCCUCAAAGAUUUUCUGAGCCUCGAAAGCAUUUAGGCUCCUUUUUACCAUGGGGUUUAGGCCCUAGAACGUGUGUCGGACAAAAUUUAGCCGUUGUUGAGAUGAAACUUGUUCUAGCUAUCAUCAUUAGACAAUUUUCGUUUGUGGUAUCCCAAACAUAUGUUCAUGCCCCAGCCGAAUUUCUAACCGUACAGCCUCAAUACGGUGCGCAGAUCCUCUUCAGGAAAAUCUUAAACUGA